UGUAAUCCCAAAAUCCCUGGUCUUCUUCUCACUCCGUCAUCCCUGUUCUUCUUCUCACAGCAGUUGACAUGAACUUAAUUCACAGAUCACAUCUCAUCAUUUAUAAGUUGACAUGAAAACAAAAGGAAUGAAUUCAUGUAACUCACUGUCCCAAAAUCCCUAAAAUCGAUUAGCUGGGCAAAAUCUGACUCUCUUAAAUUCGAUUGAUAAUUGGGGGAAAUAAGAAAUUCUUAAAUUCGACUGAUAAUGAAGCGAAAUCUGCUGGCGUCGUCGCGCUCGCCUUCCUAGCAGUCAUCUGCGGCGGACGGGACUUCCGCCACUCCGACCACGGCCUCGCCGUCUCCGCAGCCGCAGCAGAACGACGACGCGCAGGUAACUCUGUCAUUCUUCGACAGGACGAUAUCUUCUUCUUUGAGAGUGAUCGCGCCGGAUCCGGCACCGGCAGGGAGGCGCGCGGCUCCGAGAAAUACCGCGUGCGUGGUGACAGGAGGCAGGAGGAAAUAAUCGGGGGGCUGCAUAGAAAAAUCGGAUAAGUCGGAGUCGGAGCCCAAAUUGAAUUAGAAAAAAAAAAAGAGUCAAAAGAGGAAAGAGACGGGGAAAUUAGAAAGGCGACGAAAACCACACCGCUGUUGGCCGCCGGAGCAAUCGCCGCCGCCGCCAGAAUUAUUGAGCACCGAUAGCCUCUGUACACAUUCUUUCUUAAAAUAAAAAAUGUCGGGUCGUUCGACUCCUGCGUCUGAUGAUGUUCAAGAAAAAAAUCACCAAGAUGUCCUUCCUGAGAACAAAGAAGGGGAUACUAAUGAAAGUGAGAAUGUUCCUGAAGAAGAGGAUGAGGAUGAAGAUGCCGACUUUAAUCCGUUCCUGAAAGAAAGUAAUUCUGUAGAGGCAUCUUCGAGCCUGAGUUCGGAAGUAGAAGACUUGGAUACUGAUGCUGCUGAUAGUAGGGAAAAAUCUUGUAUACCGGUUGACAAAGAAACUGUGGAGAGUCAUGGAGAAAGUGUGAAAGAGAGCCAAAUGAGUGGAAAUAUUGAUCAUGGUGAAGAAAAGGUGACGCAAACGGCUGAUCCUUCCAAAGAGGUGGGUUGUACAGAUGCAGAUAAAGAUACAGUUUUGAUUACUGAAUCUGAAACUAGGAUUCCAUGUGAAAAGGAAAAUGAGCCUAAUAGCAUGAUAGAUGAUAGCCAUGCUACAAAUUCCAAGAAACCGGUGAUGGAGGAUAUGGAUGCUGAUGGUGCUAUAUGUAUGCGGACUAGGGCCCGUUAUUCUCUUGCGAGCUUCACGCUUGAUGAACUCGAAACUUUCCUUCAAGAAUCUGAUGACGAGGAUGACCUUCAAAAUGUUGAUGAUGAAGAGGAAUACAGGAAAUUUCUUGCUGGUGUUCUGCGAGGCGAUGAUUGCCAGAACUUACUGGAGAAUGUAAAUGCCGAUGACGAAGAUGAAAAUGAUGCUGACUUUGAACUUGAACUUGAGGAGGCAUUGGAAAUGGAAAGUGAACCCGAAGAAGUUGAACAGAGACGAAUUACCAGGCUAAGUAGAGGCAAAAAAGUGUCUAAAUCAACCAGCAAGAUGCAUUCAGGGAAGUUGAAUAGGCCAUUGCAGCCCAUCUUACCAUGUGGGCCUGUUGGGUCUUUUUCGCCGUUUGAUGGGAAACACCUUGUGCCCAACAUCCCUCCAGCAGCUUACACGGCACCUGUAAAUAACAGCGUUCCCAUUGGAUUCACCCCGCAUCAGAUCGGGCAGUUGCAUUGUUUGAUUCACGAGCAUCUGCAGCUUCUUAUUCAGGUGUUUUCUCUCAGUGUUCUUGAGCCUGUUAAAGGAAAUGUUGCUACUGAAGUAAAGAAAUUAAUUGGAGAGAUGCUUCAGAAACGUGAUCAAGUAUUGGCAUGGAGAUCAGCUCCACAACCGAGCUAUUGCUUUUUCCCUCAUCCUUCAGUGUCAAACAGGGUUCAGAAAAUGAUACCACCUAGGGAUGGCAAUGAAAAUUUGCAUCAGAAUAUGAGUAUAUUCAAUGAUAUGGCUGGAAGUUCUCCUAAUCCUGAAUGCACCUCAUGGAUGCCUUACGCAUGUGGUCCGCUGCUGUCUGUUAUGGAUGUAGCUCCUCUCAGAUUAGUUGAAAACUUUAUGGAUGAUGUUUCUUCUGCUGUCCGAGCACAUGAAAGAUAUCAGAUCGAGUGUGGUCCUGAGCUCUCCUGUCAAAAGAUACCAUUGUUUCCUAUUCAUAAUUCUCGGUGUUCUGCUGAGUCUGAUGAUCAAGGAGAAAUGGAAAGCAACCCCUCGGCUUCUGGAGGGACCCUUCACACUUCACCAGGCAAUCAGGCCAAGAAGACAAUGGCCGCAGCCCUGCUCGAGAAAGCCAAGGACCGACCAGUUGCCCUGGUUCAAAAGGAUAUUGCAAAAUUAGCUCAGAGGUUUUUGCCGUUAUUCAACCCAGCCCUAUACCCUCACAAGCCACCUCCUCCUGCUGUUGCAAAUCGGGUGCUUUUUACCAAUGCAGAGGAUGAGUGAGUUUGCUUUCUUUUUUUCUUAUGUUUCAUCUUACCAUUGGAACAUUUAUAUUUCUAAGUGAUAUUUUUGUUAAAAUGGAUCUAUACUGCUGUAUAGAUAUUUGUGAGGCAGAAGAAUCAAUCAUCUUCAAAAGCUCUAGACAACCCAAUCAAGGCUGUGCGAAGGAUGAAGAACGCCCCCUUGACCUCGGAAGAGACGAAACUUAUUGACUUGGGCUUGAAAAAGUAUAAACUUGACUGGAUAUCAAUAUGGAGAUGUUUCGUUCCUUAUAGAGAUCCUUCCUUGCUUCCUAGGCAGUGGCGCAUUGCCUGCGGCACACAAAGGUCUUAUAAAUCUGAUGCGAACAAGAAAGAAAAGCGGCGUUUAAACGAUUUAAGAAAAAGAGUUGGCAAAUCUUCUCCUCCAACUCGACGUUCAUCAUCUGAGAAGGAGGGCGAAAGUUCUGACGAUGCAGUUGAUGAAGCUAAUCACAUCGACAAGGGAGAUGAAGCUUAUGUUCACGAGGCAUUCUUGGCAGAUUGGGGGCCGGGUGAUAACAACAUCUCUUCAAGUAGUCCCUCCUGCAUGCCAUCUCAUGAGGGUUCUAGCCAAGCCCAAACUCAUUUCAAGUCAGUAGCUGCUCCAAGUUCUCAGAUACGCAUGCGGCCCUAUCGAGCUCGUAGGCCAAAUAACGCACGCCUUGUGAAAUUAGCUCCUGAUUUGCCUCCUGUAAAUCUACCGUCUUCCGUUCGUAUUAUAUCUCAAUCAGCUUUCAGAAGCUCUCAACCCAUUACUUCCUCAAACAUUAGUGGUCCUGGAACUCUGACGGGCCCCUCAGCGAAAUCCGGUUCGAGUUCGAACAACCCUGUUAUUAAUAUUACUGCUAACAGUUGGCCACCGAAUCAAUAUCGAGUCCCGGAUUUUCAGAUGCAUCCUCUGUUAUUCCAGGCGCCUCAAGAUGGCCGUUUGCCUUACUAUCCCAUGAACUGCAGUACUAGCACGUCCGGUUCUUUCGCUUUCUUCCCGGGAAAUCAACCACAGCUGAAUCUCAGUCUUUUUCACAAUCCGCGCCAUAUUAAAGAUGCUGUGAACUUUCUCAGCAAAUCAUCUAAGCCUCCAGAAAAAAAUCUUUCAUCAUCAUCUGGUGUUGUUGAGUUCCAUCCACUUUUGCAAAGAAGUGAUGAUGUGGACACGCGUUCGAAAGCUGCAUGUCCUUCUCCUGUGGAGUCGAGGCCGCAAAAUCACGGUACACUGCAAAAUCGUUCUGCCUUCAAAAGCAGAAAGGCUAACAAGCUGGACUUGGACAUUCAUUCGAGUUUUCUGUCGAAGAACCAAAAAACUUCUGAAAAGGUUGAUGUGGCUGCAGCUGCACGUGGUGGUAUUGGAUCUAAAAGUGUGAAAGAUUGUGGGAGGGAGAGAGAGUCUGAUCGAGAUGGGACGAGGGAUGAGCUGGACUCGGGUGAUGUUCCAGGGGUUUUGUCGAAAAAUAAAGGAAGUGGGAAAUUUUUGGAUGCUGUGGGUGAUGAGUCGCUUCCUGGGAUUGUUAUGGAGCAGGAAGAGUUGAGUGAUUCUGAGGAGGAAUUCGGUGAAAAUGUGGAAUUCGAGCGUGAGGAGAUGGAUGAUUCGGAGGGAGACAAUAUGUCUGAAGCUGAACAAAUGGUGAACUUACCGAAUGAGGAAUUGCCAUCAGACGAAAUGAAUGCAGCAGAUACUCAUAAUGUCCGGGCUCCAAAUUCCGAGAGUCAACACAGAGGCAAUUUGUGCAGCACAUCAGGUGGGCCUGGAAUAGAAUUGACUGGGAAAGAGGUCAAAGCUAAGCCCAAUAAUGCAUCAUCGUUUAAUCUAAAUUCAUGUCCUCCAGUUUCUCCACUUUCGAAUACUGAGAAUACUGUGGGUGGAUAUGAUUUUGGGCCGUUUGACCGGAGUCAACAACUUACGGCCAGUUUCAAAGUGUCUAGAUUGCGUGCAAAACAGGAUACGAGUCGUGUGCAGGGCUCAAGUGAUACUGUUGCACCGAGAAAUAAUCCCAGGAAGCGCGUUUGUAGAUCGAAGUCUAAUUCGAACUUGGCUGGGUCCGGAAAAGGAAAUGCGAACCUCAAAACUGAUAUAUCUGUAGAAAAAUUGAAACAAGUUGGUAUGGAGAAAUUUACUUAGCCAUUAUGGUCAUCUGUACAUGUAGUCUUGUUCUACUUCAUCGUGAAANAAAA